CUAGUUUGCAUACUGAACUACAGUGUACUACGGUUCUGUGAUAUCUAUACAGGUUUACUGACUAGCUGGGUCACCAUUCUUGCAAUGUCGGCGCUUCCUCACACCAUCAGAUCCCUCUUUCAGAUGGUCGGAGCCAUUGGAAUAUCGUUGGCUGUACAACACAAUUCUGGAAGCUCAUUAACUCAGACGAUACCAUUCCUUGUUGGCUGUUGUGUUCUUCUUAUAUCUUGGAUAUGGAGGUGUUCAGCCCACAGAAGUUUCUACCCGGGUUGGAAGUAUCUCGGAUUAUACUGUAUUCCUGGAGUUCUGGUAACUAUUGCAGGUCAACUUUGUCUUCAGCUGGCUCCAGAGCACACCCACCAACAGUACCUACACGCCUCCUGGCAUAUAGCAAAGGGUGUGGCACUUAUGCUCCUCCUACCUGAAGGUCCCUCCUUAGACGAACCUAGCAAGCCAGCUCCAACAUCAACAUCUGGAGCCACAACAGCUUCAAGAAACCAGUUAAAUCAGUUCCAGGUACCAGAAGUAAGCUUCAAACAUCUGACCGACAGUAAUCAAAGCAGUGUAGACGAUAUGGCAGCUGUUACAAGAAUGGUCCCUGAUGAUAGUGCUUCUCAGCAUCAGUUGUAAUUAACUGAUUAUUAUUAAUAAUUUUAUGAUAAUUAUGAAUUAUCUGAUAAAUCAAUCAAGUUAAUUAAUUGGUCUUGAUUAUCAAUUAAAAGUAAAAAAGUGAUUUAAAUUUAAAAUAUUACACUAACGUUAAUACUUCACAAAUUUUUAGAAUUCAGUAUUAAUGUACAUAUAAUGUACAAACACAAUAAAAUGUAUAAAUGAUGUAUUUGUAAAUGUAACUACAGGGUGUCCCAUCAAACAUGAAAAUUUAAAAGUGACAAAGUAUGUAGCUCUUGGGAAAAAAACUUGUAAAAUACCGCUCAAAGCAGAAUAAUCAAUGUUUUACUCAGUCGCGUCUUGAAAAUGUCAUGUAAAGUGGGACACUCUGUAUGCGCAAACUCUUUGUUAAAAUUAAAACAUGUUAAAACCAUGGCAUUAUUGUAAACCAUGUAAUUUUUUUGUUUUUAAAUGUCUUUUUCCCAGGGUGUCUCACUUAUUAUGAAAAUCAAGAGAUCUUGUUUAAUAGCUUUCUAAUGGCAAAGUGUGUAAAUAGAGCGGGGGAAAGCAAGCGGCCAAAAGCCACAUAAUUUUCCCCAUCCAUGCCACAUAUUAUGUAGCUUUCUUAUCUUUCCACAGCCAUAAGCAACAACUGUUCGGUCUCCUAUAUCGCAACAUUUCGGCAAUUAUUACGUUUUAAUUUGCCGGAAGACACAAAUGUUGUUGCAUGGAUGACCGAAACGGUUGUGGCUGGAAGCAAAAUAGCUAAUAUGCGGCGUGGAAGGAAACAUGUUGUGGCUUAUGGCCGCCUGCCUUCCUUCGCUCGUAUAAAGUGUGUUAGUUUGUUUGCAACGUUUUUCAUUUGAUAGACAUAAAAGAUUGCAAAGUCGAUGUGUAGAUCAUCUCAUGCCAUUAUAUAUUGGGACACCCUGCACCCUGCCAAUAUACAUUGGACACCCUGUACUCUGCCAUUAUAUAUAUGCGUUUCAUACAGCACAUGUUAAAGG